AUGAGUAACGCUGAAGGGCGGCUCGAAGCUGAUGUUCGGCCUCAGAAACGUCUCUUAUCACGAGUACUUUCGAAAAAGGUUCCACCUAUACCGCUUGAUGAUGAACGUAAACCAUACCCACAUAAAUCAGCCAACAUUAUCUCCCAGAUAUUUUUCUGGUGGCUCUUUCCUGUUAUGAAUGCUGGUUAUAAAAGAACAUUGACCAGUCAGGAUUUGUUCACUCUUCCUGAUGAUGUCAAGGUGGAGACUAUGGCCAACAAAUUCUAUAAAUCGUUUGAGAUUCGUUCCAGUAAAGCUCGUGUCAAACAUAUACAAAAGAAAUGCAAAGCCAGAGGUGAAAAUUUGGGUAAUUCGUCGGUGGAUGCAGAAGACGAUCUUGCUGAUUACCAACUUCCCAAGACAGUUCCCAUUUUUGCACUUUUGGACACUUUUUGGUGGCAGUACUUGACUGCCUCGAUAUUCUUGGUGUUGGCAAAUGGUGGUAUGACAUGUAACCCAUUGCUAAGCAAACAUUUGAUCAAGUAUGUUGAAUUAAAGGCCUAUGGACACGAAACAGGAGUUGGAAAGGGAGUUGGUUAUGCCUUGGGAUCUGCUGGCGUCAUCUUGGUUACGGGUCUUUGCAUUAAUCACUUCUUCUACAGAUCAAUGCUUACUGGCGCUCAGGCAAAGGCUGUUCUCACAAAGGCACUCCUUGAUAAGUCAUUCAGACUUAAUGCAGAAGCCAGACAUAAGUACCCCACAAGUAAGAUCACCUCCAUGAUGGGUACUGACUUGGCUCGUAUUGAUUUUGCCCUUGGUUUUCAACCAUUCUUGUUUGUUUUUCCAAUCCCAGUUGCUAUCGCCAUCGCCAUCUUAAUCAUCAACGUUGGAGCUGUUUCCUUGAUUGGUGUUGCUUUGUUGUUCAUUUUUAUGAUCGCUAUUACGUUGAGUACCGUAAAGCUUUUCAAAUACCGUGCAAAAGCCAAUGCUUUCACAGACAGAAGAGUUGAUUACAUCAAAGAGGUGUUGAAUAACCUUAAAAUCAUAAAGUUUUAUUCCUGGGAACCUCCAUACCACGACGGUAUUACAGAAGUGAGAAGAAAAGAAAUGAAAAUCAUCUACAGCAUGCAAGUCUUGCGUAACAUUGUGACAGCUUUUGCUAUGUCAUUGACCUUAUUUGCAUCCAUGGUGUGUUUCUUGGUACUUUACGCAGUGAAGAGUAAGAGCAGAGACCCCGCAGCAAUUUUCUCCUCUGUAUCAUUGUUCAAUGUCUUGACUCAACAAGUUAUCAUGCUUCCAAUGGCUUUAAAUAGUGGUGUUGAUGCUUACAUCGGAAUCACUCGUGUCGGAGCGUUCAUGGAUGCGGGUGAGAUUGACCACAAAGAUACUAAAAUUGAAGCCGAGGGUGACAAUUUGAAUCAUAUGAUUGAAGCCAACGAUGCAAUCCGCGUUCAAAAUGGUCAUUUUGAGUGGGAAACUUUUGAACAGGAUAAUGAGGAAGAGGACAAAAAGAAAGACAAAGCUGGCGAAGCCAGUAAAGAGGAUUCAACUCAAGAAAAAAUCAAGGGUGACGAUAAAUCCGAAGGUAAGACGUCCGAUGAUGAUUCUAGCACCUUGGAGGAGAAGUCCUUUGUGGGACUCAAGAAUAUAAACUUGACGGUCAAGAAGGGAGAGUUCGUGGUUAUUACAGGUCUCAUUGGUUCUGGUAAAUCUUCCUUGUUGAGCGCUUUGGCUGGAUUCAUGAAGAAGUCAGAGGGUACGCUCGCCGUCAACGGGUCGCUUUUACUUUGUGGAUAUCCUUGGGUUCAAAAUGCGACAGUCAAGGAGAAUAUCUUGUUUGGUAAUGAAUUCAACGAAGAGAGGUACAAAGACGUUGUGUAUUCAUGUUCUUUAGAGAGCGACUUGGAUAUUCUUCCUGCUGGAGACAGAACUGAAAUUGGAGAAAGAGGUAUUACCCUUUCUGGUGGUCAAAAAGCCAGAAUCAAUCUUGCCAGAGCCGUCUAUGCGAACAAAGACAUCAUUUUAAUGGACGACGUUUUGUCUGCUGUCGACGCAAGAGUUGGUAAGCAUAUUAUGGAAAAUUGUUUUUCACGUAUGCUUGGUGAUAAGACCAGAAUUUUGGCAACUCACCAGUUAUCUUUGAUUGGUAAUGCCGAUAGGGUCGUGUUCUUGAAUGGUGAUGGCUCCAUUGAGAUUGGAACAUUUGAAGAAUUGAGCUCGAGUAAUGCCGGUUUUCAAAAGUUAAUGGCUUUUAACAGCGAUUCACAAUCUAGCAAGGAUGAUUCCAGUGAAUUGAUCGAAGACGCAGACGACAAUGAAGUGAGAAGUUUGGCGUACGAGAAAUACGAAGAAGAUGAAGAACGCGAAUUGGAAAGAGAGAUGAUCCAGCGUCAAAUUUCGAAACGUUCAUCGAUCAAAACAAAUGAAAUUGACGAGGAAGCACUUCACAGAGAUUAUAACAAGGAUAAGACUGGUGAUGGAAAGCUUUUCAUGGACGAAGAAAAAGCCGAAAAUCAAAUUUCCUUCGAAGUAUACAAGAAUUAUGCCAAAUAUGGCAGUGGUGUUUUCAAGAACUAUGGUAUUGUUCCGAUUGUCUUUUUGACAUGUGUGUUAGCGACUUUCUGUCAGAUUUUCACCAAUACGUGGCUUUCAUUUUGGACUGAACAUCGUUUCGAUGGAAGAAAUGACGCUUUCUACAUUGGAUUAUACAUUAUGUUCACUUUCCUUUCCUUCGUGAUGCUUACCACUGAAUUUGUUUUCUUGGUUUAUAUGACCAAUACGGCUUCUGUGAAAUUGAACAUAAUGGCAGUCAAAAGGAUAUUACAUGCACCCAUGUCAUUUAUGGACACCACUCCUAUGGGACGUAUAUUGAACAGAUUUACAAAGGACACAGAUGUGUUGGACAAUGAAAUUGGUGACCAAAUGAGAUUCUUGCUCUUCACUUUUGCUAACAUUGUCGGUGUCAUCAUUCUUUGUAUUUGUUAUUUGCCUUGGUUCGCAAUUGCCGUACCUUUCUUGGGUUUCAUUUUUGUGGCUAUGGCAAACUAUUAUCAGGCAUCUGCUCGUGAAAUCAAGCGUCUAGAAGCUGUCAAACGGUCAUUUGUUUACAACAAUUUCAACGAAACAUUGAGUGGAAUGGCGACAAUCAAGGCUUUCAAAGCUGCAAACCGGUUUUUGAACAAGAAUAACACUUUCUUGAAUAACACAAAUGAAGCGUACUUCAUCAAUAUUGCGAACCAGCGUUGGCUUGCUAUUCAUUUGGACAUUUUGGCAUGUGUCUUUGCGUUGAUCAUUGCAUUGUUGUGUGUAUUCAGGGUCUUCAGUAUCAGCGCAGCAUCUGUUGGUUUGUUGACCUCUUACGUUUUCCAGAUUGCUGGCCAAUUAUCGAUGUUGAUUCGUACUUAUACUCAAGUUGAAAACGAAAUGAACGGAGUGGAACGUUUGUGUGAGUACGCAUUCAAAAUUCCAGAGGAAGCUCCAUAUUUAAUUACUGAGAACACUCCGCCAAAGGAAUGGCCACAACAAGGUGUUGUUUCAUUUGACAAGGUCAACCUUUCAUAUCGUCCUGAGCUCCCAUUGGUUUUAAGAGAUGUUAGUUUUGAUGUCAAGCCUAUGGAGAAAAUAGGUAUUUGUGGUAGAACAGGUGCUGGAAAGUCUAGUAUCAUGACUGCUUUGUACCGUCUCUCUGAGCUCCAAAGCGGUAAGAUCAUUAUUGACGGUAUUGAUAUAUCGACAUUGGGCUUGCAGGAUUUGAGAUCAAAGUUAUCUAUCAUUCCUCAAGACCCUGUUUUAUUCAGAGGCACAAUCAGGAAGAACCUCGAUCCAUUCGGAGAUUAUGACGAUAACAAGCUUUGGGAUGCUCUCAGAAGAUCUGGAUUGAUCGAGGGUUCCAAAUUGGAAGCUGUCAAGGAACAGGACAAGGAUCUGCCUACAUUGCACAAAUUUCAUCUUGACCAGGGAGUGGAAGAUGAAGGUUCCAACUUCUCGUUAGGAGAAAGGCAGUUGAUUGCCUUUGGCCGUGCUCUCGUGAGAGACUCAAAAAUCUUAAUUCUUGAUGAGGCUACCUCAUCAGUUGAUUACGAGACGGACAGCAAAAUUCAAGCUACGAUUGUUAGAGAGUUUUCUCAGUGCACCAUUUUGUGUAUUGCUCACAGACUCAAAACAAUCAUUGAUUAUGAUAAGAUCCUUGUGUUGGAUAAGGGAGAGGUCAGAGAGUUCGACACUCCAUGGAACUUGUUCAACCUGGAAGAUAGUAUCUUCCAACAAAUGUGCAAGCGGUCUAACAUCACGGAGCAAGACUUUACCAGAAAGGAAAGCAAUUAA